AUGAACCAAAUUUUCCUCCUCGCUUCGAUGCUGGCAUCGACGACAUCUGGACACGUUGUCCUCGAGAAUCCCAAGCCUUUCAAGUUUGUUGCUGACGGUCCUACUAACCCGAUUUCUAGCACAGGUGAUGACUUCCCAUGCAAGAUCCCCUCUGGAGCCAGUUACAUCAUCGACGGAGCACCCACAUUCGCCCUCAGCGCCGAUGCCAACCCGACAAAGGAUUCCAAGUGGAUGGUGAUCCACUCCAUCGAGGGUGGUUGCCCGGCCCGCAACCAAAAGGGUAACCUCGAAGGUCCCAACGAAGAUAAGUACCCCUUCAAAAUCCCCUCCAGCAUCGCACCUGGUGACUACGUCUUUGCCUGGAUCUGGCUCGCCAGAGUUGGUGGCCAGCCAGAGUACUACAUGAACUGUGCCCCCAUCACCGUCACUGGUGGCGCUGGCGGUGCUGAUAGUACCAAAAAGAAGCGUGGGCCCCUUGCUGAUCGUCGCAUGUCCCUGGCGAAGCGUGAAGAGUUUCCCGAGCUCUUCAUGGCCAACAUUGGAGAAGUCGCUGGCGGCUGCACCACUGGAGAGGCUCUCAACGCCCAGGUUCCUAUCGCUUUCCCUAAUCGCGGCCUCUACUUCGACCGACCCGAAGGCGACAAUCUCUACAAGCAGCCCUGUGAUGGUAACCCCAAUGCCGGAACCCCUGUUGAGGCUCCGGCUGGCGGCGAUGUGCCUGCAGGUACCAUUGUUACGUCUGUCCCGACCUCUAGCAUUGUCGGCGGCUCCUCUCUCUUGCCACCUAUCGCAACUGAAACCUCCAUCAUUGCCUCUCCUUCCAACAAUUCGCCUCAGGAGCCGGCUCCGAGCACAGCGCCUGCUGAACCUACCGCACCCGUCGAGCCCACUGUCCCUAUUACACCAACUGCUCCGGCCGGAUCUUCUAUUCCACCAGCUCCUACAGCUUCUAUGAUUUCUCCUAUCGAGACUCCAGUCCCUACCGGCAUCAUUCCGACUCCAUUUAUCUCUUUCAUCACAAUCACGAUUACCGCCACCGACUGUGGAGCAUCGGCCACUCCUGGUGCGCCCGCAUCUGAGCCGACCACCGUCCCUACAUCCUCGCCUGAUUCUCCCACACCUGACCCCGACUCCGAUGAGGAUUCUGAUUCCGAACCCGACUCUUGCACUGAAGGCUACUUGACCUGCUUGGAGGAUGAAACACACUUCGCUACUUGCACUGGCGGCAAGUUGACUGCGCCGCAGCCGAUUGCCCCUGGAUUCAAGUGUGCCAGUGGAGAGGGCGAAGGUCUAGACAUCUCGCCUAUUGGAGGGGAGUAUUAG